UUAGAAGUGAUGAAAUGUUCACUCACAAUCGUCGAACUUAAACUUCGGGAUGAAGCAAAUUGGACCGUGAUAGUCUCAAAUCAACAUUCAGAAGCCACGGCGAGUUUUGAUAUAAAGGUCAAACCAGGAAUAAAUCUAGAAAUCUCUCCACAUUACAGAAUGGCUGUUCAAAGAGGAAGUACACUGGAACUAGUUUGUAACAUAACAAAUUUACAAGAUCUAGAGGGACUGCCGAUAGACAUUUCUCUAUUGACCUGGUACAAGAACGGCGUUAGAUUAAUACAAGAAAUAGCAAAACUUACCAUGACGACGAGCCGGUCCUCCAGUCUCCUUCGGAUUCUGUCCGUGGAUCCCAACGACCAGGGCACCUAUUCCUGUAACCAUGAAAUAUAUCGGGUAUCGAGGGUAAUAAACACAACAGUGGACAUUUAUAACAAAGGUGCAACCGUGUGUCCCUCAUCAAAAGAUAUUUAUGGAAUUUUAUGGCCAACAGUAAUUCCCGGAUCCCUCACUCAUUCUGAUUGUCCUGAGGGACAACAAGGAAAUGCCAGCAGAUUUUGUGAUUAUAACGGAAACUGGAAGAAGACAAGCGUGUCUUACUGUGUAGAUGCAGAGUUUUCCAAUACCUUGAAUGAGCUCCAGGUUCUAGAAGAUGACGGAGUAUUAGAUAAAAUGUAUAUUGAACAAACUUUUGAAAGUUCCCUCAAGAAAACAGAAAACCUUACUGCCUCCAAGACCGAAAUCUCCUCAGCAAAUCUACUGUCCUCCAUUAAUAUCAUAAACACAGUUCUCAGAGUAGCGACACAAAGCAACGCUUCUGUUCCUCAAAAAAAUGUGUACAGUAUUGUGGACCAUGUUGCUUCUGCAGACAAUAGAGAAUCUUGGAAGCUUGUUGACGAGGAGACACACAGUGGACCGGAAUCGGUUUUGGAGACAAUGGAUUGGACCAACUCUCUGCUGAUGAAGGAGCUGAAAUCAGAAGAAUUUAGAGGAGAAAAUGUCGUAGUCAACAUCAGUGAGGUAUCAUUACAAGAAGCAGAGCUACGCUUUCUGGAGAAUGAAUCCUUCAUCGUGCUUCCAAAGCAAGAGGGGCAAAAACAAGGUAAUACUAUUUAA